AAAAUUAACAGAUUCUGUUUUCUUGCUUUGUCUCUUGUCUUUUGUUACAUUUAUACUUAAAUCUUUUUCUAUACUAUAAUUUCGAAUAAAUAACAAAUUGAUUUGAGGUAUAUAAGCGAAACAUAAUUGUUUAAUUGCCUUCCGACAUCGUUGAACUUUAUUCAUUUUAGUGGGAAAAAAAAUGUGUUUCGAUAAAACUAUAUAUAGGUUAUAUGUUUAACUUUUUUCUCAAUUCUUAACCAUUCUUAAAGUUCGCAACAAAACAAAACUAGUUUUUUUUAAAAAGUUUUAAUAAAUUAAAUAAUAUAAUAAUGCCUAUAUAUGGUAAAAUGUUCAAUAUUUUAUCCAGAAAUGUUUCUACAUCAACAAUAUGUAAUCAAAUAAUAAAAUUGACAAGAUUAAGAGUUGUAGAUAAUAGUGAAAUUGGAAAACAAGCUAUGAUGGAAGGAAAACCACCACGUUGCAUUCAUGUUUAUAAUAAAAAAGGAGUUGGUUAUAUAGGAGACAGAGUAUUAGUUGCCAUAAAAGGUGAAAAAAAAAAAGGCAUAUUGGUUGGUUUGAAACAACAACAAAAUCCUAAAGUUCCAAGAUUUGAUAGCAAUAAUAUAGUUCUUAUAGAUGACAAUGGUACACCUUUGGGUACUAGGAUCCAUGUACCAAUUCCUCAUAUUCUUAGAACAAUUAUGAAAGAAAAGACACAUAGCAAAGGUGCAGAUUAUACAAAAUUAUUAGCUAUUGCUACUAAGUUCGUAUAAUAUAUAUUUAUAAAUGUUAAAUUAUUUAUUUUAAAUAAUUAGAAUAAUUAAAUAGUAAUAGAAAAUUUUGUUAUAAUAUAUAUAUAUGUGAAUAUGCGUACAUAUGUAUGUGCAUUUAUGUUUAUAUGUAUUAGUACAUAAAAUUUAAAAAAAAAUAAAAUGUCAAAAUUCAAUUAUAUAA